UUAUGGAGUAUCUUCUUCCACUCUCUCUCAGGACUUCUCUCCCUAAAUCAGUCGGUUUAGUGAUCAAUGAUUUUUACAGAUUCUUUUGGGAAUUUUGUGCUAAAAACAUCGAGGAUGAUAAGUUGAAGAAGCUAGAGGCUAAAAUUCCGUUAAUUUUUUGCAAGCUUGAGCGAAUUUUUCCACCAUCAUUCUUUGAUAUCAUUAUACACCUGACUGUUCAUCUUGCAAUUGAGGCUAGGCUUGCCAGACCAGUACAAUAUUAAUGGAUGUACCCCAUCGAUAGGUACCUUUAGUUUUAUAGUUAACGUAAUUGAUAUAUUUUUAUUUUACAUCUUGGAUGUGGUGAUUUAGUGUAAGCUUUUGUAGGUACCUUCUCACUCUGAAAAAUUAUAUUCGCAAUAGAAAUCGACCAGAGGGUUCUAUUAUGGAAGGUUAUCUGCUAGAGGAAGUAACCACUUUUUGUUCCCGUUAUCUGGAUGAAGACAUUGAGACAAAACUCAACAGACCUCUUGUGAUUCAUGACGGACCAUCAAAAAAGCCAGAUUAUAAUAGAAUGAAUCUCGCAUUUAUCAACAAGAUUCAUCGCUUUAUCCUUCUCAAUAUCGAAUGCCUUGGAGAAGUUAGAGAGUAUGUCUAUUUCACAUAAUGCUAUAUAUGUUUACUACACCCAAAUAUACUUCUCACAUUACCUACUAUUUUUUGACAUUAGAAUACACAAGGAUGAAAUACGUGCAAUGCAUAGUAAUUGGAAUGAGGCACGAGUUGAAACACAUCAUCAGGACAAUUUUUGCAAUUGGUUUAAACAUUAUAGCCGAUUACCGACUGUAGAAUCGAUAUUAGAUAAGGAUCUUGGAUAUUUGGCUACACUUCCAGAUGCUGAAGUUAAAUACUAUAAAGGAUUCGGUGUUGGCGGUUACAAGUUUGAAAUCAAGUCUAUAGAAGAAUCUCGAACCACCCAAAAUAGUGGAAUUGCAACCGUAGGCACUAAUGACGAGAUAUACUAUGGGUACCUUGAUAACAUACUUGGUAUCAACUAUCUAGGUCGAGCAGGAUGCAUUUAUGUCUUUCAAUGUGUUUGGUAUGAUAUGAAGACUGGAACUGGUAAGUGGAGAGACAAUUACGGGACUUGGGUAGAUGAAUAUGGAUUGACGAGUGUAAACACCACACGCUUUUCCUAUGAGGACGAUCCAUUUAUAUUUCCAGAACAAGCAUUUCAAGUAUACUACUCGAAGUGCUUGAGGCAUUCGGGGUGGAGUGUUGUAUGUCGAUGGAGGCCCAGGGAUACUUACGAUGUCCCACAGUUCAUAGAUUCAGAGGUCGUCGAGGUCAACGAUGACGAAGAAUUUGAGCAGGGAGGGGUUGUAUGUCAAGAUAAAUCUCCUGAAUAUGAUAAAAUUUCAUGGGUUAGGAAUGAUUUGAAUAGUGAAAUACUUGUAGAUAUUCCUACAACUUCUAGGGAAUCUGUAGAACCUAACAUUUCUGUAAAGCGAAAAAGGUAACCUUUAUCAAAAGCAUGUUGUUUAAAAUUAUAUAUUCAACUUGAUAAAUAUGUCUAUUUCACAUAUAUCUUAUAUGAAAUGUAAAAUUCUUUAUAGGGCUUGACGAAUAUGUCUGGAGUUCCAUCACGGAGCAAAUCGCGUAGACUACUACAGCGCGGAGACCUGCAGCGUCAGGUGAGAGAGCGUAGGAGAGAACUUGAAUCUGCUGUAGAUACACAGCGCGAAGACCGGCAGCGUCAGGUGAGAGAGCCUAGGAGAGAACUUGAAUCUGCUCAUGUUGCUACCGCCAUACCUAGCAUUGGGGAGUCUACUCCAGUUAGAGAUAUAGACGCAAAUCAACAAACACCUACACAAGAAAAUGAUUUACAGACAACUCCCCCUUCACACUCCAUACCUUCUGGACAAUCGUCAGGUCAGUAUCUUCUUCAUUAUCUUUUGGUGAUUAAUGUGCUUUUUGCUAAGAAAUGCUUACAUAAUGCUUCUAUCUCUUACAUAAUUUUGAA